UUAAUCCACAAGUUUUAUUAACUAUCGCCUUAUGUCCAGAUCAUGGGUACAGAAAAUAAGCAACUAAGCAUGGCUGCGAGCGCCAUAGCCCUGCGCGGAGUCAGGAUCUUCCUGACGGCUGGAAGGGCAGCCGCUCGACGUCAGGCCGCAGCCCCACCACAGGCUGAACCAAAGCCGAAACCUCGACCUAAGCCCGUGGUCUUUGGAAGCCGACCUCCGCAGAAGAUUUUUGAUAUGCUCUUCAAAACCACCAAGUUUAAUAAGAAUGAGCUGGAGGCCCUGUACUCUAUGUACCGGAGACUGGUGACAGCGGCUCAGGCAGCAGCACCAGCUUCGGCCCUUGGACAUCCGCCCAAAAUCGAGGGUAUAGACCAGAACACGUUCCGAGAUGUCAUGCACAAUACAUUUGAUCUGGUCACCGAAGAGACUAUACUCGAACGGAUUUGGGUGACUUGGGAACGAGGAGCCAACGGCGGCGAGGGGGCCCUUAAAUUCGAGGCUUGGGUAAAAGGCCUCAGCGUCUUACUGCGCGGAAACAACGAAGAACGACUGGCUUUGUGCUUCAGAGUCUACGACUUAAAUUACGAUGGGUUCAUCACUAAGGACGAGAUGUUUGUAUUGCUGAAAAACUCACUCAUGAAGCAACCAGGAGAUGAAGACCCGGACGAAGGGGUAAGAGACUUAGUAGAAUUGGUUCUAAGGAAGAUGGAUAUCGAUAAAGAUGGGAAAGUUUCUCUCGAUGAUUACAGAGAUGCAGUACAACAAGAGCCGCUACUGUUAGAAGCGUUUGGGCAAUGUCUACCUUCAAAAAGGCACAUAGCGGUUUUCCUUAAGAAUUUGGUUUCGAAAACGUAGAAUUUUGAGACAUAUGUUUGUAGUAAUAAGUGCUAAUUUUUAUAGUUUUUUUUUUGAACUGUUUUAUUGUUUACCAGACUAUAUAUAGUCUACUGUAAUAAGAAAGUUAUAUUCUUUGUGGACUUUGGGCGGGAACGCAUGGAGUGAAGUUGUGUGAUUUGUUUUAUUUUGUCUAUUUAGUGUCUCUUCAGGUUUAAAUGUGUAAUAAUGGUGGCUUAUUAACUGUUGUAAUAUCUGUAAAAGUGCACAAAUGUGGAAAAAUGAAACAAAGCCGCUGGACGUAACUUCUCGGGAUCCUCCACAAAAAGUCCACUGAAAAAAUCUCAGUAAAUGACCGUCAUUUUACUGAGAUUAUAUUUCAUCCCAUAUCAUCUCAUCUCAUUUCAUUUAAGUUCACUCCAUUUUUUUUUAUUGCUUAGAUGGGUGGACGAGCUCACAGCCCACCUGGUGUUAAGUGGUUACUGGAGCCCAUAGACAUCCACAACGUAAAUGCGCCACCCACCUUGAGAUACAAGUUCUAAGGUCUCAAGUAUAGUUACAACGGUUGCCCCACCCUUCAAACCCAAAAGCAUUAUUGCUUCACGGCAGAAAUAGGCAGGGUGGUGGUACCCACACGCGCGGACUCACAAGAGGUCCUACCACCAGUAAAAAAUUUAUUAUAAUUUUUCAUAAAAAUAAGAAUAUAAAUUAAAAUAAGACACGACUUAAAGGUCUUAGUUACCAGAUCAUAAAAUCCCUUAAAAAUAUAUUCUCUGUUACAUACAUUACCAUUACAUUCAUUUGUCAUUACAAACUUUCAUUUGAAAUAAGGAUAUAGGUAGUUAUUUUAGUGCUACGUAUUCAAGUUACAUUCAAGAUGGCUUCACAAAUAGGCAUAGAACUACAAGCACCACAGCCACUCGAUGACCUGCAGAGUUAUACGUCUGACGAAUUAUUAUUCCGCGUAGUCAACUACCUACUACCCCUUUUACAGAACUGUUGUAUGCAGUCCCUAAAUAUUUGGAAUAAAAAAUCCCCAUGAAAUAUCGCGCUGCAAAGCAUGGCGAUCCGUAUUAUUCCUACUUACCUACCGUUUAAUAAUUUUAGAAGUUUUGGCGGGAAUUCGAAUGAAGCAAACUUAAUUUGCAGUUUGUCGUUAUCGAAGGUCAAAGGCUUUUUCAAAGUCUAAUUAAGCAGCGUCUGCUUACUAGUAUCUCUUAAUUUUCCCGUUGUUGAUGCUGUAUUUGCUUUUUAUUUUGACAAUUUCUAGGUUAGAAAUUAUUUACAAUUUUAAAUGUACUACAUUUUUCUUGAUUUUAUUGCAUCGCUAUUUACAUAGGUGUGUUGUUUAUCUUAAUUAGAGAUCAUUUGUAACAUUUAUAUCUUGCCUCUUAUACUUACAUGUUUCUUUUCGAUCUUGU